AUGCGUGGAGUGGGCAAAUGGAUGCUGUUGUCGGACAUACAGACCCGUAAGUUUGGUGACGAGACGGGAGAGUUUCAGUUGGAGUUGUCUUUGGGAAACAUAAUGACUGUCUAUGAGGCAGACCUACAGAUGACGAAGACAUGCAAACUAGAGACCACUUACUUCACGUUCGGCUCAUUUGAUUGGAACCUAUCGAUUGUCACUCAGAUGUACAACACAUCCCCGAGCAAUGAGAUGGAUAGCCAAAGGGAUGGGUGCCAAAGACCCCUCGUAUUGCUAAACCGGAUGACAGGUUUUGACAACCCGUGUCGGGUGCAGUACCGAUGCAUUUUGGGUGAAGGCAAGUAUAGGGAAGACUCGGGAAUUUUGGACCAGAUCUCGGACGUGACGGGAAGGAUACGUGGCUUUCAAAUCAGAUACUCUUUGAAUGAAUUGGCGAAACAUCACGGAGUGGUUCGCGUCUAUCUGGAGCUUCACUGUUGUAAUACCAUUAGUGAAGCUAAGGUUCCCGUCAUUAGAAACCCUUCGCCAACCAUUAAUUGCUACGAUCGCAACAAACAGGGCUGGUGUAUUGAAGCCGAUUUGGAUAGCGAACACAUGCGACUAAAGCUAUUUUUUAUGGAUUUACAUUCAGUGCCUCGAAAUCAUUUGCGUUACAUCUCAUGGAUUGCUUAUGUAGUCACUCGAGACCCCAGGAAUGUGCCUCGAAAUCAUUUGCGUUACAUCUCAUGGAUUGCUUAUGUAGUCACUCGAGACCCCAGGAAUGGUAUUCGUGAGAGUAUUGUAGUCACCAAUUCUCCACACGGCAACUAUUAUAUACAAGAUGGCAUGGAUAUGGGCACCAUCAUGGACACCAACAUCCUCUCCCAUCAGAUAAAAGAGUCGCCAAAGGUCUAUCUGGAAAUGGAGGGACAGUUGACUGUCCACAUUGAAUGGUGUGAUUCAAUGAUGCUUUUCAACCAUAUCUAUCAUAAAUACGAUGACAUCCCUCGCAUUCAUUGUCAACAAAUGCGGUCAAACCCGUAG